CCCCGCAGCCGCCCCAUUGGGCGUAGCUCGAGUGUGUCUGUGUGUGUGGUGUGUGUCGGGGAACCGAGCGGGGGAGGAGGGAGGAGAGAACUCUUCCCCGAUCUCGUCGUCCAAGACGCCCUGGCUCUCGGCGCUGCGUUAGUCUCCCCAGGGCCUCUUGCCGAGUCUCUAGCGUGCACCCUCGUGCCUCAGUUUCCCCACCUGCACCGCGGGACGGGUGGCAUCGCCGCUUCCUUCCAUUCCUCUCUGGGACUGUGUUUGGUUUGGGCAAAGUGAGAUGAAGCAGGGUGGGACCUGGGGAUUUUUCUUUUUUCCCCCGCUGAUCCUGGGAGCUGAAGCUUUAUUUAAGUCGUCUGACCACCCCACGCGCCCUGCAGUGGGCACCUGACGGGCUAGGGGCUCGGGAGAGGACCGGGGCUUCAUCUGGAGGCCCGUUGAACCUGGCAUCACCGCGGCGCGCGCAUCCUGGGCCGGGACAGCCGCAAGCCGCCUUCCCUCCCAGGCAGCGUGCCGUUCCCAGGAACUUUUCUGCUGAUGUGGGCACGUUCGGAAUUCCAGCCUGGGAGCCCUUCCUCUCUGCCCCGGCCCGCCAGGCCACAGCUGUCGGCCGCCCCUGGCCACCCCUCCUCUGCUGGGCCCGCCCUUGGCCCCCUAAUGUUUAUUUCUGGGCCGCCUAUGCCCAGAAAGUGGGUGACAGGGCCCAGUGAACUUUCUUAAGCAGAAUCUUGCUUGCCUGGCGUUUGUGCCAUCCGCCUGUCUAACUUAUGCCUGUGAUUUUGCCAGACGCUUCUAGCAGCUUGCAGGUCAAGGUGUCUUGGGUUGCUUGCCUGUUGGCUAAGUUGAAGCUCACUUUGUUCUGAGUUGUCCCUUGGAGAUGUGAGUGCUUUAAGGGGAAGUAUCCCCCGUUCCUUGAAGUCCCUGGCCCUAGGCAUCCUCAGAGUCCACUGGGCAGCCUUAACCCCCUCUCAGACCUAUGACAUCAUCUCGCUACUCUGGGACUCCAUUUAGGUGUCCAUGGGUUUGCUUGGCUUCCAGUGAGGGGCUAGGCCUGGUAGCUGCUGUGGGCUUUUUAGCCUGGUCUGGGCGAGAGCGCCCUGUUUUCCCUGAACUCCUUGACCACCCCUGAGAGAGAGUUCCAGAAAGGGUAUUGGGCAGGUGGACGCAGGUGUGAAUUAUUUGGAGACUUUUGGAGCAGGCUAUUUUCCAGGGUGUCUCGGACAUGAAGACCUGCCUGGAUUCACACAUUUAAUUUACAAUUUACAUACCUGCUGUGUCCCCUGAUAACCGAGAAGGACAGUCUGGAAGCUGUGUGUGCCCUCAGAGACCUAUUGUGGCCCAGUGGACGCUGUUAUUUAUUGCAUCACCCAGUUGGUACUGGGUUGCUUCAGUUAAGUCUCCAUCUCUGUAAAAAUAGUUGCAAAGUUAAUUUUGUCCCUCUGAUGUGGGCACGUUCUGAAUUCCAGCCUGGUUAUUUAUGUGCAUGUACAUAUAAAAUAGGGCUUAAAUAAAUAAAAUAGUGUGUGUGUGUGUCAGGGGUGGGGGACAAGGACAGCCCAGCUGUCCCUCGUGGUGGAGGUUCUCUACUAUCUGUGGGCUUCGACUUACCUUUAUAGUGCUGCCUUAGAAACCUCUAGGCAGGUUGGAGAGUGUGCAUUUUUCAUGUUACAUUAAGCAUCAUCUUUUUAGCAUAGAUUCCACUUUGACCCCAGUGUCACCAGAAACAGGGCUCGUUGUUUUUCUUAAUACUGACCAGGUGCCCCUGGGCUUCUAGCCAGUAGAGAAAGCUGCGUUGCUCAGUUUGAGGUUCACAGCCAGACUAGAGACCCCACCCUUCCUUCCCAUAUCCUACACCUUUAUCUUCUUUUGGGAAGUUGAUAGAAUAAGAGAGAUUAUAAAAGCAGUACUUUGGAUUUGUGCCUCCCUCUGAUAGUCUGUGAAAGAAACCUGGGUCAAAGAGGAGCCCUUGUCUGAGUCCUGGGUCUCUGUAGAGCAAUUUGAAGGCCUUUGUUAUUCAGGAAACUUCUCAGACACCUUCAUACGUAUUUUUUUUUCUUCCUUUGUUUUUAUUGCUUGUGUUAGGGAAGUGAAGCAUUGAUUCUGGCUGUUAUUGUUUUUCAAUGUAUCCUGUGAGAGAGCCUCAGUCCUAGUCACAUCAUCUGAGGGCCAGUUUUCUUGCAUUUGGGUGAACUUGGUGGGUUUAAGUUCGUGAGUCCUGAGACAUUUCUAAUGGUGGCCAUGCUGGAUGGGUAGUCAGUCUUCUCACUUCUUCCAGGGCUGUCCUGUGCUUAGACCCCCUGACAUUCUCUUCCUAUCAGUGAAAGGGCUUGAUUUUCUCAUGUUUACUCCCAGGACUUGAGUAUUGACCUUCUUUCCUGGAAAGAUCUGUUUAAUGGUGUGAGGGGUGGGUUUUAUUUUUUUUAACUAGCUGAGUAUCUAUCUGUGCACAGCCCAGCAUGGCUCAACUAGGGGAAGAUGAGGCCACUGCCUAUACCAAGUACAAAUAAACAUACCUUGUUGCUUUUCAUCUUCAAAGAGAUGUGACUGAGGCUCCCUACUGGGGUGUGAGGUGUUUUUUCCUGACAGCCCACUUAGGCCUGGAAUAAGCGGGCAGGAACACAGAUGUGAGCAGCAGAAGGUUGGGAGGGUAGAUUCUGGGCCUUGUGGACUGAUUUAGACACCUUUUGGCCAAAGUCUCCAGGGUAGGUUGAAAGUGGGCUUGUAUUGUCACCCCUUUAAAACAGUUUCGAGAAUGUGGAGUUCAGAAAUGCUUGUAUAAUAAAAUAAUCUUAUAUUAAAGACUUGGCCUUAACAACCUUGCCUGUUUGCACGGGCAGGGGAGGAAGAAGAACCCAGUAUUUGUGGAGCAUCUCCUGUGUGUGUGAGAUGCUUUGCUCCCCACUUUAAACACACGAUCUCUUGGAAAUUUUCCAACAUUAUCAUGUGGCAGGAAAUUGUUUUAUGGUUCAGGAGAGAUCAAUAAUACCCCAGGUACCACAGCCAGGGCCAAAGCCCGGAUUCUAACUUAAGUUUCUCCUCGCCCCCGGCCUGGGCUUUUCCUACUCUUGCCAAGGCUUCCUGUGUAGUAACUCCAUGCCUUUCCUCCAAGAGCUUUUGUGAAUCAACACAGUGAGAUUGUUUACACGAACGCUCCACCUCCCCAGUCUGCUCCCCGCGUGGUCACUGCUCUGAAUUUAUCCAGCAGACGUUCUCUGGAGGACACGUUGGUGUUCAUGGUAAAUGUAUAAAAUAAAUCCCAGUCCUUGAGUAAAGAUGACACUUUUUCAAAAUAAGCCCGGUCCUUUUGCUGCGUGCACCGAGAGCCAGCUGCUCCCUGGGAACAACUUCACCAACGAGUGCAACAUUCCAGGCAACUUCAUGUGCAGCAACGGGCGGUGCAUCCCGGGCGCCUGGCAGUGUGACGGGCUGCCCGACUGCUUCGACAAGAGCGACGAGAAGGAGUGUCCCAAAGCUAAAUCGAAAUGCGGCCCGACAUUCUUCCCCUGCGCCAGCGGCAUCCACUGCAUCAUCGGUCGCUUCCGAUGCAAUGGGUUUGAGGACUGUCCCGACGGCAGCGACGAGGAGAACUGCACAGCAAACCCUCUGCUAUGCUCCACCGCCCGCUACCACUGCAAGAAUGGCCUCUGCAUCGACAAGAGCUUCAUCUGCGAUGGGCAAAAUAACUGUCAAGAUAACAGUGACGAGGAAAGCUGUGAGAGUUCUCAAGAACCAGGCAGCGGCCAGGUGUUUGUGACUUCGGAGAACCAGCUCGUGUACUACCCCAGCAUCACGUACGCCAUCAUCGGCAGCUCCGUCAUCUUCGUGCUGGUGGUGGCCCUGCUGGCGCUGGUCUUGCACCACCAGCGAAAGCGGAACAACCUCAUGACGCUGCCAGUGCACCGGCUCCAGCACCCCGUGCUGCUGUCCCGCCUGGUGGUCCUGGACCACCCCCACCACUGCAACGUCACCUACAACGUCAACAACGGCAUCCAGUACGUGGCCAGCCAGGCCGAGCAGAAUGCCUCAGAAGUGGGCUCCCCGCCCUCCUACUCUGAGGCCCUGCUGGACCAAAGGCCCGCGUGGUACGACCUCCCUCCGCCGCCCUACUCUUCGGACACGGAGUCUCUGAGCCAAGCGGACCUGCCCCCUUACCGCUCCCGGUCGGGGAGCGCAGACAGCGCCAGCUCCCAGGCAGCCAGCAGCCUCCUGAGCGUGGAGGACACGGGCCGCAGCCCGGGGCAGCCCGGCCCGCAGGAGGACACUGCCGAGCCCAGGGACUCUGCGCCCAGCCAGGGCACUGACGAAGUAUAAAGUCCAGUUAUUCCAAAGUCCAUAUGGGUUAAUCUGCUCCGACUUGUUACCAUUCUAACAACCUGUGUGCGUGGGAAGGCCUUUAAGCACCUGUAAAGGAGUCUCGAGUUGCAGCUUGGGGUGUCAGCUCUCCCUCCAUUCCCCUCCUCCCUGUUUUCAGGGGGCGACUUGGCAUUUUUCUGGCCGUUCUGUUGACACGAUCUGUUGUGCGUCUUUUCUGGGAGGUCGCGCUUCCUUCGAGACCCAGGAUCACAGCCUCAAUUUCACAUCACUCUUCUGUUCCUGUUGGGCAGGCAGCAGGAUAGAACGGGAUUUAAGGAGAUUUGCAGAAAGCGGGGUUUCUGUGCUGUGCUGGAUAUUCAGAAGGGCAGAAGACACCGGACCAGACGUUCUCUGCGGGGCUGCUGCCUCAUCACGUUUUGGGCUUUAGGUUGGAUGACCCUGGCAGGAGGCCAUCACCGCCUUACAGGAUCCUGUAUGCUGCCCUCGGUUCAGCGGAGGCAGUUGCCAAAGAAAACUUCUGACACGAGAAACACCCUUCAGCAAUCAGCAGUGUCAUUGUGGUUUUGCAAAGGACUCUGAAACUGUCUAACCCUGGAUAGAUUCUGACUUCUGAAUUUUGCCCGAGAGUCUUCGUUUUGAGAGCUUUCUGCAGCAGGGUAUCUCAUCAGCCUCAUCCCAGAUUAGGCAGGAAGGCCCUGCCAUGGGUUUAUUCAAGUUCUCAGCUCCUGAAAUGCAGCUGCCAAGAGCCUUGGCUUCAUAGUCGCUACCCUGGUUUCUGGACUGUCACCCUCCCAGCCGACCUGCCUGUAGCCAAGGAAUAAGGACCUGACUUGAGUUGACCAAAAAUCUGAUCUGGCCCUUUGUUGCCUGUAAACCACACCCAGCCCAUCUUGCUCGUUCAUGCAGCUUCAACACUUGCCUCUGAAGUUCCCUUAACACUUACAGGUCUUUUUUACCUGUGCAUUCGGACUUGAGGGUGCUGGUUUCUAAACAUACGUGAGAGCCAUAUUCGGUACCUUGUGUGAGAGCUCCCGGCUCCCUGCACUGCACACGCUCCUCUUCCCAGGAUCCCAGGCCCUGCACCCCUCAUUAGGGUCAGGGUUAGAGUUAGGCUCAAGGUCAGGGUCCUAACAGAGUUAGGGUCCUAACAGAGUUAGGGUCCUAACAUCCCAGUAGUUUCUCCUCUGAGACACAUGGGCAGUAGACAGUUUGGAGUCAAGAUUUUCCAUUUGGGUUUUAAAAAAAAAAAAUUCUUUUAGAAAUGCAUUUGAAACAGUGUGUUUGUUUUUUUCCCUUCUAGUUAAGGGACUAUUUAUAUGUGUAUAGCAAAGCUGUCUCUUUUUUUUUGUUUGUUUUCCCUUUAGCAAGGUCCAAAGAAAGAUGCAAAAGGAGAUCACGCCUUUGUCCCGCCGAGCCCCAGGAUAACAAGUCACUCCAGACUAACCUGUGUGCCAGACAUUUGUGCAUGGUUGCACUUUGAGGUUAUUAUUUAUCGAGUUCUUGAAGGAUACAGAAAGAGGGGCUCAUCUCUCCCUCAGUCUGUAGUUUCUGUGUUUGUGCCCUAGUUGUUCUCUUUCUCUGCGCCCAGCCAGCCACAGGGCCCGCUUCCUGGAGGGAAGAAUAGCUAAAAACUUAGGCGUUAUUCGGCAAGAAACCACACUGACAGAGGAGAGCUAAAACUGGAACCAGGUGGAGCCACUCCGGGCAGCUGUCACCCGUUGAAGGCUUCUUUCCACGGCCGCAGAAAUGUUCAGUAACCUGUUUGAUGCUAAUUAAAACAGCCUGCAGGAAGGGAGAUGAAGUGGCAAUUCCGUGAUCCUGUUCUGUAGACUUUUCUUUUUUUAACCAAAUCCAAAGUUUAUUACAGGAAAGUUGGCCACUUGGUCUUUUGUUGUGUGUGUGUGGUUUUUUUUUUUUGUUGUUUUGUUUUUAAGUAAAGGAAAAGAACCUAGUUGCUUGUAUCUUUCAUUUUUAAAAUAGCACUUGCGUUAUUUUCUGAGUAAUCCAAUAAAGAAAGAACUUUCAUGGCAGCCAGAAUGUGUUAGGAACCCUGGCUGAACAUUUCAUCUCCUGUGAGUCAGAAGGGCUUUAUUUCUCCCUUUGAUGGGCCCUUGCCUCUUUCUGGUGCUCUGGAAGUUGUUUAGAGGAAAAGAUUCUAAUUUUAAUUAAUUGUGCAGUGAGUUAAUCUCACACGCUUUUCUGCUUCCAGGCAUCUUAGGAAAAACAAAUGGUUUUAGUAGAUAAGGGAAGCCUAUUAAUGUUGUUUUUUAAAACAAACACAGGGACAUUUUUAUUAUAGAUUUGAUUUUUUUAAUGAAUGUUUUGAAAAAUAUAUAAAUAGGACACCAAAGCUGCAGGGUUUUGGGGGGGUUUUUUCCCUACUCAAGAUGGCAAGUAAGUGGCCAGCAAUAUUUUUUAACUCAUUUUAACCAGGAUUAUUUUAUACGUUGCUUAAACCUAUGCCAACCAGAAAAUGAUCUCUGCUCUCUUUUCUCAAAUGAGAUCAGCGGUUUAUUUUAGCAUUAAAAUAGUUUCACUGUGAUCGCUAGCUUAUCAGCCCUUUCUACUCAACCCUCUCUACCUUGAAAUUGACAUUUUUUAAAAAAAUGCAACUAAGUGAUUAAUAAAUAAUGUGUGAUGUUCAAAGUUAAUGUAAACUGGAAAGGUCGUGUGUGGUUGCUUUUUGUUUUUCAGUUAGGCUUGGUUUCAUUUUUUUUUUUUUAAUUUUUAUACUUUCAAAUAAACUUGCAGUUUCAUUCU